AUGUUUUCAUCCUUCAUCCCAUCCUCCCUCCCUCGCUUCGGCUUCGCUCGGGCGAAGCCAGUUCAAGCCAUUGCCAUCCCAUCCGUCGAGGUCCACGACAUCGAAGUAUCAAGCGACAAAAGAGGCCGUCGACUCAAGCACCUCAUCAAACUCAACCACGCCACCUACUCUAUCCUGUACCACAGCCUGCGUUUCCACAAUCAUACACCUCAUAUUCUCGGCUCAGCGUACCUCUUCAACGGGUCGGCCGACCACUUGAACGACAUCUACGAAGAUGUGUCUGCCCGCGACAAUCUCGAACACUGGCAAGACUCGCCGUCCGAGAUCGCCGACCACGACUACCGGGACUAUCUGGGCCAGCGCAAGUACCAGCGGGCCUUUGUAGAUUUCUUCGAAGACCAACUCGUUCUCCAAGGCUACGACUGGAAGGCCGUUGUGGAGAAGUACAUAUUCGCGCGCGGGCCGAAAUCCACGCCCAACGCCUCCCCGAUGUUCAACUGCCUGACGUCGGGCCUCGGCCACCCUCUCAUCCACCUGGGAUACGCGUACGAACUGAAUUCGCGCGAACUUGCAAUGGAAGCCCUCGGCCUCGCCUCGACAUGCUACAACCCGGUCUUGGCCAGACUUCUCGAAGCCAAACCGCCGGCCGCCGCCGCCCGGCCAUCUCAAGGGGCCGCCACAAACGACAUCUUCCAAGUCUUUGCGGGCGUGCACGCCGACGCGCGCCUCGACCACGCCUUGGACGGCCACGGAGACGACAGCCUCGACCACCUCUGGACCGACCCGGUGCUCGUCUCGAUCCUCCUCGAGCACUGGAGGAGCUGGACCGUCGCAGACCCAACGCGGGACUUUGCACAGAGCCAAGCCCUCGCCGUGGCCCUGCACACGUCCGUGGCCUCGAGCGUCGGCGGCCACGGCUACGACUUCCUGCUCGUCCACCUCCUCACGACGUCGCACGCGGUGAGGAUCCUGAUCCCGUUCCUCGAGCCCGAGCACCAUCUCCCGCUCGUGCGCGAGUGGCUCUUGAUCGCCCUGUCGAUCUACAUCACCCAGAACCGGCCGCUGAUCAAGAAGGAGAACGUGACGUCGUACGACACCAAGGGCCGAGGUUGGGAUUUCGUGACUCAGAAAGCCCUCAAGGGCGAACACAGAUACGACGCUCAUUUCGUCAAGGCGUGUCGAGCCAUGCUCGAGGCCGAGAGGACGUGGGGGAAGCAAGGCACCUCUGCUGCUGGUGCUGGUGCUGGUGCCGGUGCCGGUGCCGGCAGUGAUCGCGACCGCGACCGCGACAGUGGAAGUCAAAGUCAAAGUCGCACGGAAGAUGUUAGUGGCGAGGAUGAUAAUUACUGGCUCAAAGGAGCGGUCCGAUUCGCCGAUGAAUUCAGCGGGUGGGUGUUUGGCGAUGAGGAGCCAUCAUCAUAG